GAGGAGGCGCGGGGAGAGUACGGUGCUGUGGUCUGAGCUAGAGGGUGAAGCUGUUGGAGCAAGAGCAUGGGCGAGCAGUCUGAAUGCCAGAAUGGAUAACCGUGUUGCUACAGCAUUUGUAAUUGCUUGUGUGCUUAGCUUCAUUUCCACCAUCUACAUGGCAGCCUCAAUUGGCACAGACUUUUGGUAUGAGUAUCGAAGUCCAGUUCAAGAGAAUUCAAGUGAUUGGAAUAAAAGCAUCUGGGAAGACUUCAUUAGUGAUGAGGCAGAUGAAAAGACUUACAACGAUGCACUUUUCCGAUACAACGGCACAAUGGGAUUGUGGAGACGGUGUAUCACCGUACCCAAAAACACACAUUGGUACAGUCCGCCAGAAAGGACAGAGUCAUUUGACGUGGUUACAAAAUGCGUAAGUUUCACACUACAUGAACAGUUCAUGGAGAAAUUUGUUGAUCCCGGAAACCACAAUAGUGGAAUUGAUCUACUUCGGACCUAUUUUGGCGUUUGCCAGUUCCUCUUCCCUUUUGUGAGUCUGGGUUUGAUGUGCUUUGGGGAUUUGACUGGACUUUGUGCCUGUAUCUGUCGAAGCUUGUAUCCCACCGUUGCCACGGGCGUUCUCCAUCUCCUGGCAGGUCUUUGUACACUGGGCUCAGUACGUUGUUAUGUUGCUGGAAUUGAACUACUUCGUCAGAAACCUGAGCUGCCUGAGAAUGUGUCUGGUGAAUUUGGAUGGUCCUUCUGCCUGGCUUGCGUCUCAGCUCCCUUACAGUUCAUGGCUUCUGCCCUCUUCAUCUGGGCUGCUCACACCAACUGGAAAGAGUACACCUUCAUGAAGGCAUAUCGUGUGGCGUGAAUGGAAACUGCCAGC